GUCCGAGCUUCGUUUGUCUCCGUCGUUUCAGAGGAGAGCGAGGUGUAUCCAGCGUUGCCGUUACGUGUCAGUAGUAUUGAAAGUAACGUAUAGGGACAGCUUUCGCGUUGAUGUCACGAUUUGGAGUCAAGAUGUCUUCGUUGAAAAUAACUCGUCCUGUCCGUCGUCAUGGGUUCUAACCAUGUGCCCAUAGAUGAGUACUUGAAGAUGAUCACUGACAUGAUCGUGCUCUGUGGCACUUUGUCACUCUCGCUCUUCUUCUGGCUGGUGUCCAUCGUCAUCAGCUCCUACUCAGGAACGCUGCAGCCAGUGUCGCCGUGGCGAUGGUUGUUCUCCAUUCUGGUUCCGCUCACUCUGACUGUACGGGCCCUGAAGAGACGCAGCCUGGACCACUCUGGAGCCCUCGGUGCUCUCCUGGUGGGCUUCGUGCUGACCAUGGCCAACUUCAGCUUCUUCUCCGCUCUGUUGGCCUUCUUCAUCACCUCCUCCCGACUGACCCGCUGGGGGGGGCCCCAGAAGAAGAAGAUAGACCCCGACUACAAAGAAGGAGGUCAGAGGAACUGGGUUCAGGUCUUCGCCAACGGGGGCAUUCCAACCGAGGUGGCGCUGCUCUACAUGAUUGAGGCGGGUCCAGGUGAGAUCCCCAUCGACUUCGGGAAGCAGUACUCCGCCUCCUGGAUGUGCUUGUCCUUGUUGGGUGCGCUGGCCUGCAGCACCGGGGACACAUGGGCCUCAGAAGUGGGACCCGUCCUCAGCAAAUCAAAACCCAGACUCAUCACGACCUGGGAGGAGGUUCCAGCAGGUACAAACGGCGGUGUGACUGCAGUUGGACUGUUGGCCAGCUUUUUAGGUGGACUCACUGUGGGCGUGGCCUACUUCAUCGCACAGCUCCUGAUGGUCAGCAACCUUCACCUGGCCGACCCGCAGUGGCCAGUGCUUGUGUACGGCGGGGUGGCGGGUCUGCUGGGGUCCAUGCUCGACUCUUUCCUGGGAGCUCACAUGCAGUACUCUGGUUUUGACUCGAGCAUCGGGAAGGUGGUGAGCUACGAGUCGGCCACCACGCAGCGGAUAUGCGGGAAACCGAUUUUGGAUAAUAACGCAGUCAACCUCUUCUCUUCCAUCCUGGUGGCACUCAUCCUGCCGGGGCUGGCGUGGGGGAUGUGGCCUCGAUAAUCCGCCUCUGCAGGAAAAAAAAACUAGGGAGGAGGGAAAGGUGGACUCAUCUUCAUGAUGCUGGAUUGAACCUUUGCAUCUUCUUUGUUCAAACGGGCCUCCAUGGACUCACCUCAUUGAUCAUCACCAAGAUCACGACAACCUGCCUGGGUGUGAGAACCAAGGCCAGUUGUGGCUGUGUUUUGGAGAAGACGCUGACCGCGGUGAUUUAUAAUGCUAAAUGCAGUGUUGGCCCCAUUAGCACAGGAAAACUACUGAUGAUAGCUGCGCUGGUGGAGUCUGUACUUGGAGGCUUGACGCAUCAACACCUCUGGAGUUAUAUUGUUAUUCUAGCUUACCAGACAUUGCACUGAAAGUUGCUGAGGCGGUGAAAGUUGAAUUACUUUCUGCGGAUUGUUUGCCUGACCUUUAGAUUGCAAAACUGCUCAAUGAGCAUGGUUUCAAACUCAACUUCAGAAUACAGUACUUUCCCAGAAGCUGUAACAUCUCAACCGAACUUGACAGCGCGUGACCGACCCAAUUCUUUCUCAAGGAAACGUCAAUUACUACGUCAACGUUUCACCAGUUCAUGAAACAGAGCUUUGUUUGUCAGUCUUGUCACUCACUUUGACCCGUGUUUGUGUUGUUUUCAUGUCUUCUGUUUCUGAAGUGUUCAUCCACUGGUGUGUGAUUGGACGGCAGAUGGCGCCGUUAUAUUUAUCCAGCUUCAUUAAAAUGACAAUUUGAGAGUUGAAGCUGUUCUUUUGUCAGUCUGUGUCACAUUACUGCAGUUGAUGUUUCUAACAGCUUCACUCAUGUCCUGCAUGUGAGGGAACAGAGUGGAGAGUGACGGCCUUCCAGAGGUAUUACUGUUUUUAUUUCAGCGUCUCUGAAAAAAAGGCACUAAACCGAACUGAGAGAGAGAGACAUUGUCAAUUAGAGAGAAGGAGAGGGCUGCAGUGAUCAUUUAAAUAAACAUAUAAAGAACACACAAACACUUCCUGAUUAAAUACAACAGCCAAACCAGAGGGAGCUUAGAAAAGUUUGUUGCUUUUCGUGCUUGUUGCUGAGAACAGGACUCCAACGGAAACUGAAGAGCAUCAUUAAAGCAAAACAGCAGUUCAUUCUGUGAUGCUGACACACCUUGGAACAGAAUCACGUCUGACUUAGCAAAGGCUUUUCACUGACGGAUUGCAGCAGAAAUCAAACCAGAAGAGGUAAGAAACAGGAAUGAAGUUGGAUCAGCAAUAAGUUAUUUCUUUUUUUUUUUCUUCUUUUUCAAAAAUCCUAAUAUUAGUGGUCACUAACAUAGGACUACUUGUCAGAGCUUGUGUCGUCAGAUGAACAGCUCACAAAUCCAGGCACCAACAGGAAACGUUUCAUUGAGAUUUUCUGCAAAAAUCU